AAGAAUUGCCUGACGUAGAGGUCACGUGACCAGCUCUUGUGGUCCGGUUUUCACCUCUUGUCCGUCUUAGCAUCAGUGUUACUCAGAAGAACGUGUUGGGAGGUUUCUGUGGUAAAGGCGGAUAGAUGGCAGAGUGACGAGUGGGAAGCACAGUGGUGUUAUAAAUGGUGCAGACAGUUUGUGGCGAUGGUGUUUGUGCCUAAAUUGUUCGCGGUGUGUCCCACAUUGGUGUUCGUGUUAUUCGCUUCCUGCGGCAGCAUCACUGGAGAAGUUGUGAGAUGCGGACAUCCGGCGGUGCCCGUGAACGCCCGCGUGUCCCUGACGAACCCAGACCUGGCAUCAGGCACUGCAGCCAUCUACACAUGCGACGAGGGCUACGAGUUGUUCGGCACCCCGACCGUGGUCUGUUCGUCUGGCGGUAGCUGGCAGGGGGACCUCCCGUACUGCGGAACGAAUGUAGCCUUCCGGAAGCCUGCGAACCAGUCCACGACAGUGCGAGGUGGCCCCGCGACCAAUGGCAACGACGGAGAGCUCACGACGGUGCACGACGGGAAGAGGUGCACGGAAACCAUGAAGGAGGCGUCCCCAUGGUGGAUGGUGGACCUGCUACGGCCCUACCCCGUUGGCGUGGUUCGGGUUACCACGCGUGGAUGUUGCGGCCACCAGCCACUGAAGGACAUAGAGAUCCGGGUGGGAAACAGCAGCACAGACCUUCAAAGGAACCCGUUGUGUGCCUGGUUCCCUGGAACGAUAGAGGAAGGCGUCACCAAGACGUUCACGUGUGCGCGAACGCUAAUAGGUCAGCACGUGUUCCUGCAGCUGGUAGGGGUGGAAGGCUCCCUAUCCGUCUGCGAAGUGGAGGUGUUCACUACUGACGAGUUCUCGAACGACCGCUGCGUGCCCUCUGGCGCUGCCGACGACGUGCAAUUAGCAGCGUUUGACCGAACUUGUUAUGAGUUCAGCGUGGGCCGCGGAGGUUCUUUCGAGGAGGCGAGAAGCCACUGCAAGAAGCACGGGGGCGAUCUAGUGCACGGUCUGCAUGGGGCCACAUCCAGCUUCCUAUUGGCGGAGCUGGAGCGACGCAAACCUAACCUCAAAACGCAGCUGGUGUGGAUCGGAGCGCAGCGAGAGCCGGGGUUCACAUCCCGGACGUGGAGAUGGGUUGACGGGGAGGUGGUGGGGAGGCCGGCGUGGGGCAAGGACCAGCCGAACAAUUACAACGGAGAACAGAACUGCGUCGUGCUGGAUGGAGGGCGCAACUGGCUCUGGAAUGACGUUGGCUGCAACCUGGAUUACCUCCACUGGAUAUGCCAGCACACGCCCUCCUCGUGCGGCAGCCCCGACAAGCUAGUCAACACCACCAUCUCUGGUUCCAACUUCAGCGUGGGGGCCACAAUUGGCUACCACUGCCCCGAGGGGCACAUGCUCGUCGGAGAGGCAAACCGCAGCUGUACCGAGAAUGGUUCCUGGUCAGGCCGCGCGCCCACUUGCAAAUAUGUGGACUGUGGGCCCUUACCUGGUCUCGAACAUGGAUACGUGAACCUGGAGGACAGGAGAACAACGCAUGGUGCUUCAGCUGAGUACACCUGCCAUGAAAACUACACUCUGAUUGGACGGGAGAGACGGACAUGUCAGGAUGACGGACAGUGGAGCGACGACCAGCCAGAGUGUCUCUUUGACUGGUGUCCGGACCCACCAACAGUGUAUGGGGGUUCAGUGAAAUCUUCUGGACGCCGUGCGGGUUCCACUGCCACUUACACCUGUCAAAAUGGCUACAUAAUGUCGGGACAGCCGGUUCUCUCAUGUGGUCUUGGAGGAGAGUGGUCAGGCAAGGCCCCAGCAUGUAAAUACAUUGACUGUGGUGUGCCUCCCAACAUUGACAGUGGUCGAUAUGAACUCCUGAACACAACAACAACAUAUGGAAGCUUUGUCGAGUACUCUUGUCAGGAGGAUUACUGGUUGGAUGGCACAGAGAAGCAAAUGUGUACCCGGGAGGGCAAGUGGUCAGCUGACACUCCAGCAUGUGUCUUGAUCACCUGUAUAGAACCAGAGCUGCCAGCUGGGAGUUACGUUGUAGGGUAUGAUUUCAACAUACACUCAACAAUUGAAUAUCACUGUGAGGCGGGUUAUAUUUUACGGGGUGUGGCAGUACACGAAUGCACUAUGCAGGGCGAGUGGUCUGGGGAAACGCCCACCUGUGAAUAUGUGGACUGUGGCAAGGUAACUCAGCUGCUAUAUGGCUCUGUUACUUACACGAAUGGUACCACAUAUCUCGGCAGUACAGUGACAUACAGCUGUGUCAAAAACUACCGGCUUGUGGGUGUUGCUUCCAGGCGGUGUCUAGAGAAUGGACAGUGGAGUGAUGAGUCUCCUAGAUGUGAGGAGAUCAGAUGCCCGGAGCCUGUCCUGGCAGAGCACAGUAUACUGUCUGUGACGGGCAAUGACCGGGUGUAUGGGCGUACACUGAUCCGAACAGCAGAUUCUGGAAUGUCACUUACUACAUACAAGAUAGGGUCACUGGUGAAGUAUCGCUGUGAGAGAGGUUACAAGGUGGUUGGGGAGCCACUCAGUACCUGCGAGGACUCAGGAAAAUGGAGUGGUGACGUGCCCCAGUGUGUCUAUGUGGACUGCAGAGAACCCGAGAGGCUAGCACAUGGCAAGUAUGCACUUGCAUCCAAUGCUACAUAUUAUGGAGCAGCUGUCCUCUAUGAAUGUGAUGCCAACUAUGAACUAGAUGGACAUGGAAGACGACUCUGCCUUGAAAAUGGUACCUGGUCAUCCGAAACACCACAGUGCAAGGAGGUUCUGUGUGGAUACCCUGAAAAAGAUGAUGAUAUGGCAGUGCAAGUGAUGACCCGAAGCAUUGGAGGAAUUGCUAAGUACUCAUGUCCUCGAGGACAGUACAUGGUGGGCAACUCAACGAGAAUCUGUCUGAAGAAGGGCACUUGGAGUGGGUUAAUGCCUGUAUGCAAAUAUGUGGACUGCAAACAUCCAGGGCCAAUAGAAAAUGGCCGUGUGAUUGUGAUGAACCAGACCACAACAUACAACAGUGCUGUGGAGUACCACUGUGUGCCCCAUUAUGAGCGCAUAGGGCCAUACUUGAGAAAAUGCAUGGAGGAUGGCACAUGGUCUGGAGAGGAACCUCGGUGUGAAAUGACUACAGGUGAGGAAAAUGAGCCACAGAACCUGGGGCUGUCAAUUGGUAUUGGAGCUGGUGUGAUUCUGUUCCUGCUUGUUGUCGUGGGACUGAUCUACUUGAGACUACGAAAAGCAACGCCAGUAAAGAACACAGAAAAUGUUGAAGGUGCAGUACGAAAAGAGGACCAGAAUGCAGCUGUGAUGUCCUACGCAACACUAAAUGAUGGCAAUGCUUACGGUAUGCCAAACCAUACCAAUAUUUAUGAAAAUAUUCAUGAAGACAACAUGUAUGAUGCACCUUAUGAAGAAACAUCACAUCGUCACCACUAUGAACCCACACCGAUCAGUAGGGGGACAAUGAGACCAAUGGUCACAAUAAACGGAGUGGCAGUUCGUUGAGUGUAGACUGUGACUAUUAAUCAACUUAUCACAAGUGAUUCUGAAAUCAACUACAAAAACUAAUGAAUUUAUUUAUAUGUUAAAACUGAGCAGGAAAAUAGUUGAUGCUCAUUUAAACUGUAUAUAUGAGAUGUGCAAGACCACAGUUUUUAUAACAGUUUGCCAUCUUAGAAAAUAUAUAGAGUUCUACUUUUGUAAGUUGUUUGUAUUUUCCAAAGCAAAUGGACAUUUCUUUCUAUAUAAUAACUUUGUUGAUGCUGGCAUGUAGCAUUGUAAGCGAUUAUCAAAAUUAGAGAGGAAUCAAACAUUCUGCCUCCUUCUUCAGGGUAUUUUUGGAUGGAGGAAUUAUGUUCCCCUGAAACAGUGGUAACCACCUACAAGACUACACAACAUCAAACCCAGAAGACAACAAUAUAAAUUCUCACCACCAAGAAAAUCUCAAAUCUCAUAGCCAGACACUGUUACCCAACUGUAGCUCAGAGAUCAGAUCCAUGAAUGAAUGAAUGAAUGUACGUAUGAAUAUUAUGUAGAAACACUUUGUAUAAUAGCUGCUUGUUUGUGUGUGAAUAAAGAUGAUUUGUUAUCUUGCA